AUGGCUGUUUCGGCAUCGGUUACUGCGCCCGGUCUUGAAACAAAAAUGAAGAAAAAGACUAAGUCAAAGAAGAAGAAAGGAAAGGCACCGGAAAGGGUUGAACAUGCGGUUGAAUCGGCUCCCGCGCACUCGUCCGUCCCCGUUGCCAACACUCAAAGUCGGGCCCCAUCUCGUCCGCCGAACCCAGAUACUCUUGAAGAGAACUGGGUCACGGUGGUAAAGAAGGGACGUCCGCUCCGAGAGAAAGAAGGACAGACACAACCAAAGAAAGCCUCAUGGGACUCCCAGCGGGGAACCAUGUUGAGAAUAACCGGACUAGACAGACCAAGACGUAACCCCCUUAGUUUGCAGGACCUGGUUCAGAGUAUGGUCUCCGAAGAAUCCAAGUGGAAAGCUGUCCAGGCGUUCUGCGAGGAGGUACUCAAGGCCAAGGAGGAUACUGAGCGGGCCCGGGAAAUAGAACCGGGGGCUACGCUCCAGAGAAGAAGAAGAACAGGGAGGCGCAGACGCAACUAUGCGAAUGCGCCGUAA